AUGGGUGCCAUCUUAUCAACGAAUAAAGAAAGCAAAGAUUAUCACAGGAGUCUGUGUUCUAUAAUUCUAUGCCGGAAUGUCUGCUGCAAAUGUAACGUUCACUUUAAAACAAAGAUAAGUUUGGACGAACACAUGCAAGGAGUCCAUGCCGAAACAUCUUACAUGUGUCAUUAUUGCAAUUCAAUCAGCAAGACUUGGUUCACGUUUCAACAGCAUAUUUAUGCAUUUCACAAUGACAUAGUAUUUUGUUCUUAUUGUUAUAAAGCGUAUAGCAAUUAUUCGAGUUUAUUUCUGCACUGGAAAACGCAUGAACCGUUCGAGUGCGAAAUAUGUAACGAUACGUUUGUUACUCCACAGAGUUUGAGAGAACAUCGUAUUGCAUUACAUCGGAACGUACCAUUCCAACGAAUGUUUUUCCAACGUUUUAGAAAAUAA